AUGAUUCGCCAGAGAGCAAAGGAUCAUCACGAGAAGCGUGUUCCAGCCUUCAAUAUCAGUCUAGGCUCACGUAUUAAGAUGAAUCAAGAUCAGCAUGUCAAAAAUCCAUCAGCCUUCAGAGGGGGGAACUUCACAAACAGCCCCAUCCUCACGGAUCCAAAGAUCGAGGCGCUUCAAAGAGAGAUCGAGUUUCUCAAGUCAAGACUGCAAUCAACUCAGGCACCUAUGAUGGAAUGCUCACCCACUACCUACUCAGCGGAGAAUCAGUCGCCAUUUAUCACAGCGAGUCGUACGGAGAUCGCGGCUCAUGCUAUAUACACAUCGGCUCCAACAACAAUCCCUUCGGGACCCGUGGCAUCGACCAGCACGAGCUCUCCAGACACUGCUGCAUUCCUUACCAGGUCACAAGGAAGAUCAAGGUCAGCCUUCGAGACCGAUACAAUAGCCCCUACAACUGCCGAGCUCGGGAUUGAGAUGAAGGAUGACGAGGCGCAGCUGUACUUCAACGCCUUCUUCUCCGGCUGUGACCGCUACGUUCCUGUCUUUGACCCGCGCUUUGACACGAUUGAAGCUAUUCGAAGUCAAAGUCCUUUGCUAUGUAUCACAAUAUGCUCAGUUGGAUGUCGUGUACUAAAUGGCACAAGCUCGAGAUGGCGAGCUCUCGCGCUUCAUACUCAACGCAUGCUCAAUGCUGCUAUCGUCAAUCCGUUGAUGGGAAGCCUUGAGACAGUACAGGCUAUCCUAGUUCAAGCUUGCUAUGCGGGAGAGAGGGCCCUCCUGAUUGCGAUUGCGACACGCAUGGCUUUGGAUCUUGGAUUCCCUGAAGCCUACGAUACACUCAUUGCAGAAGCCGUGUUGGGAGAAAUGCAGAUGGCCAACAGUGACCAAACUACCUACAACCACAACAUUAUGCGCAUGCGCAAGACUAGAGUUUGGCUCCAUUUAUUAGUGAUGAGCUACAUUCUACAUGUGGAUGCUGGUGGAAUGCCAACGUUCAAGUUCCGAGGUGCUUCACGCAGAUGCAGAGUCCUCCUACAAAGUCCGCUUGCUACCGGGAUGGAUCAUUAUCUCUUUGCUCAAGUCGAACUCAACGUUCUUCGUGCAAAGAUCUAUGCAUCUUUACCCCAAGGUGCCAAUCUGAGCGACGAAGAGAUUCUUGAUCUAGUGAAAGAUGCCAAACUCGACAUCGAUGUCUGGUUCCAGGACUGGAUACGCAUUUCGCAGCCGCAUCAUGAGUCGAUGCCUUGGUUUGUGCCUAACCUCUCAGUACAGCGCUGCUGGGCUGAUAACAUGGCUCUUUGCCGUGCGGUGAGGGCUGCGGGCGUGGAGAACGUCAACGUUAUGUCGCCCAUCCAGAAGAACAUCUUGUCAAUGACCAAAGCUUCCCUUCAGCAGCAUCUUGAUAUUAUCAUCCAAGAACCAAGGAUAUAUCUUAAGAGUAUUCGGUAUGCAAUGGACUUUGUCUGGGCAAAAAAUACCUUUUGUUGCCUUCUUCUGCUCAAGCUGUCCGCUUUACUCCCCGAAGCAGAAAGGUUGCAGACACAGGGAUUUAGCAAUGAGCUUGUUAUGAAAGCCGGCAUCUUGCUACAGGAACUAGAGCUAGUCGCUGCCGCAGGACAUAAAGACGACACUCGAUCAAAUACCAGCUCACUAUACCUCCAACUUUUGAAGACGAGUAUACAGAAGUACAAGCGCUGGCUAGGCCAAAACGAAGGAGGCCCCAGAGGAGGACAGUCAACCUUUCCUCUGGCCCAAGAGAAGAAUUGCGAUAACGAGCUUGAGUCUUUUGUCCCAGAUCAGUUUGUCUUCGAAUGGGACUUCCCAGGUCUGACCCUGUUUUCGUCUCCGAUCAAUGAGACUGGUUGGAUCAAUGAACUUCUCGCGGGAGCACAAGAGUUUGGAGAAAACGGAAGCAGCAUCAAUUGGGCUCUGAUCGACUUUUCAAUGUGA